UCCCCGCCCCCGCAAGCGAGCAGCCAUGCCGGGCGGGCGGAAGCGGCUUCUGGCCGAGGCGGCCCUGUGCGGGAUCGGGGCCUGCCCACUCGCCAGCCCGCCCCUCGGCUGGGCCCACUCGGGCAGCGGCCCAUCCCCGUCGCGCCUGGGCGCGGAGUAUUUCGACCAGCCCUGCACCUGCCUGGCCAAAGGCCUGCUGGGACAGAUCCUGGUUCGGAAGCUGCCGGACGGGAGAGAGCUCCGGGGGCGGAUCGUGGAGACGGAGGCCUACUUGGGAGGGGACGACACCGCUUCCCAUUCCAGGGGUGGGCGGCGGACUGCGAGGAACGUGGCCAUGUUCAUGCCGCCGGGCACUCUGUACGUGUACCAGAUCUACGGCAUCUACUUCUGCAUGAACAUCUCCAGCCGAGGGGAGGGGGCCGCGGUCCUCCUGCGAGCCUUGGAGCCUCUGCAGGGCCUCGAGGCAAUGAGGGAGCGGCGCCUUGCCCAGCGGAAGGGGGCGGCCCACCCGGUCAAGGACCGGCAGCUGUGCAACGGCCCCUCCAAGCUCUGCCAGGCGCUCGCCAUCGACAAGGGCUUUGACCAGAAGGACCUGGUCGGCAGCCCGGCCGUGUGGCUGGAGCCCGGCCUGCAGCCCCCGGCGGAAGCCCUCGUCUGCACCAGCCGCGUUGGCAUCAGUGGCGAGUGGGCCCACCAGCCCUUGCGCUUCUACAUCCGAGGCAACGCGUGCGUCAGCACCACCGACAAGAAGGCGGAGGCGGCCACUGCCAGCUGGCUGGCCAGCUGAGGCUCUUGAAGGCUCCCCAGCCCAGGGGCCUUGGGGGGUCAGCAGGACACUGGGGGGACACACAGACACACGCGUGUGUGUGGAGACUGGGACUGUUUCUUCAAGUGGCGUUCUUCUCUGCAUUUAUUUAAAUAAACAUGUUUGCUUCUG